AGCCUCGGAUCCGAAGCAAGGAGCUUGGGGCCAGCGAAGCUUAGCUUGGGGCCGAGCCUGAGUAUUGUUCCUGUGUUCGUUGAAAAUUUCGCACUAUUUCGAUCACUUUAUCUGUGUGAGCUAAGAGAGUCCUAUUUUCUUCUGCUUCCACCGCUUCAAACCCUAACGCUUGCUUCCUCAACACUCUCGCAGGAUCAAUUUUGAGCUUCAAUGGAGCCUUCUCAAUGUCACUGAUUAAAUGAUAGUAGCUCACAGGUGUGUUUCUGGACAGCAUAAUAUUUGGAGAAACUUUUUCUUGAUCUUCCUUGAUUUACUACGCCCACUUAUAAAGAAUUAUCUACUGAAAAAUCGUGGGCUGGGUUAUCUAUGCCUGGAAACGAAGUAGGAGACAGGGUCCAUAAUUUUUUUGGUCAAGAGAACUUGUCCCAGGGCCAAUAUCAUUCACAGGCAGGUGACGGGAACUGGCCAGGUAUAAGCAACAAUUUGUGGGCUGGUAGCCAGAGACCAACUGGUGCACCCUUUAUUUCCAAUUUGAAGAAUUUUAAUCAACAGCAGUCAGAUUUUGAGCAGGGACACACAAGCUCUCCACAUUUGCGUCAUGGUUUGAACCUGGCACAAUCAAAUUUGAGGCCUGACUCUGGCAGAAAUCAACUCCCAAACCAACAGACAGCUGUAAAUGGCUAUAUGUCAGGACAUCAGGUUUUUCAGUCCAGGCAAAAUGAAGCCAACAUUUUGGGAAUGGAUACCGAAACUGAUUUGCAUGGCAUAUCAAGUCUGUCAAGAGGAAUAUCAGUACUAGAGUCACAACAAGGGGCUGGUCUUGAACACUAUAAGAAAAAUUUGACUAGGACUGAUGCAUCUGAGUCUCCUGUCAAUUAUGAUUUUUUUGGAAGUCAACAGCAAAUGAGUGGUCGCCAUUCAGGCAUGCUUCAGUCUUUUUCUAGACAGCAGUCAGGGAUGAAUGACAUGCAGCUUUUACAACAGCAAGCAAUGCUAAAUCAGAUGCAAGAACUUCAAAGGCAGCAACAAUUUCAUCAACUAGAAGCUAGGCAACAGAGUUCUAUGAAUCCAGCCUCCUCCAUUUCAAAACAGACAGUUGCAAGCCAAUCUGCAUCUCUUAUUAACGGCAUUCCCAUCAAUGAGGCAUCUAACCUUGUGUGGCAGCAGCCUGAACUUAUGGCAAAUAAUGCAAAUUGGCUCCAGCAUGGUGCAUCUCCAGUUAUGCAAGGGUCCUCUAAUGGACUGGUGUUACCUCCUGAACAACUGCGCCUUAUGGGUUUGGUUUCUAAUCAGGGAGACCAGUCUCUGUAUGGGCUUCCAAUUUCUGGCUCAAGAGGUACACCUAACCUGUAUUCUCACAUUCAAGCAGAUAAGCCUGCAAUGUCUCAGGUUUCUGUCCAACAUCAACAUCAGUAUUCUCGCAUUCAAGGCGACAAGUCAACAUUGCCACACAUAUCAGCAAGUGGUCAUUCAUUUCCAGUUCAUCAGUAUGCUUCAAUUUCGGAUCAAACUAACAUGAAUGAUGGAACUUCAGUUUCAAGACAGGAAAUUCAAGGAAAAAAUAUGUUUGGUUCUCUCGCUCAAGGUAUAAACAGUGGUCUAAAUAUGGAGAACAUGCAGCCAGUGAAUUCUGAGCAACGAGAUGUACCAAUUGAAGAUUUUAAUGGAAGGCAAGAACUAGCUGGAUCUUCUGACACUUCACAGGACAAGGUGGUAGGUCAGGUUGCUCCUUCACAGAAUGCAGUGACCCUAGAUCCAACAGAAGAGAAGAUUUUAUUUGGUUCAGAUGACAGCCUUUGGGGUGGAUUUGGUUGGAAUAGUGGUUUAAAUAUGCUGGAUGGUGCGGAUAGUUUUGGUGGAGUUCAAUCAGUUCAGAGUGGGAGUUGGAGUGCACUUAUGCAGUCUGCUGUAGCUGAAACUUCUAGUAGUGAAAUGGGUAUACAGGAAGAAUGGAGUGGUCUUAGUGUCCGGAAUACUGAACGUUCAUCUGGAAGUGAGCGGCCUUCAACCAUUGAUAGCAGCAAACAACAAUCAGUUUGGACUGACAAUAACUUGCAGUCAGCACCUAAUAUAAAUUCAAGGCCUUUUCUUCGGCCAGAUGAUCUCAGCAGGCCCAGUACCACUGUAAACUAUUCUGGUAUUCCUGGAUUUCAUCAAUCAGGUGCUGAUACCGCACAGGAACAUCAAGACAGGUUACAGACUGAUUCUUCCCAAAGAUCAAUUCCACAGUUUUUAGAAAGAGGCAAAUGGUUGGAUUGCAGCCCUCAGCAAAAACCAAUUGCAGAAGGGAAUCAUGUUUAUGGAAAUGCUGCUAAUACCUCAAGUUUGGAACUAAAUGAGAAGGUUAUUUCAGGUUCUUGGACCCAUCAACAGAUGCUUUCAUCCCCUAAUAGUAGGGGGGAGCAAUUCAAUAGAUCUAAUGGAUGGAAUGCUAUUAAAUCACCAACACCCAAUAACAAUUCUAAUAUUAAAAUCCGUGAAAAAGAAAAUGUGUUGCAGCCUCAUCAUGAUAAAGCUAUGCAAGAGGAUAUGGGCCAGGUUCCUAAAAUGUGGGAGCCCGAUUCUGAUACUAAUUCCUCUGUUGGGUUGGAACAUGCAAAGUCUCCAGGUAAUAUGCAGGUUUGUGGGGAGGAUUCUGGUAUGAAUGGAAUUGCUGCCAUACCAAAUUCAGGUGCUACAUGGGUCAGCAGGCAAAGCAACCAGCAGCUCCCUAAUGUUGAUGCAUGGAGACAUACAGAUUCUGUGGGGAGCUAUAGAAGAAAUGAAGGUGCAGGAAAAUAUAGGCAUCAUAUGGAGAAAAAUCCUUUAGUUUUGGAAUCAUUGAAGAAUGAAAAGUCAGAAGGAGAGGCACAUGAUAUGGAAAACUCUAACAAAAAGGAUAAAUCAGUAGAUGGUCUUGCCUUUAAUUCUUCCCAUCACAGAACUGGUAGUUUGAGAGAAAAUCCCAGUUUUGACGGUGAUUUGCAUAGUCCAAAGUUAUCUGGGCAGGGAAAUCGAAGACCUCCUAUAACUCGUAAAUUUCAGUAUCACCCAAUGGGGGAUGUUGGUGGUGCUGACAUAGAACCUUAUGGAAACAAACAUGUCAUAAAUUCACAGCCCAUGCCUCAUCAACCCAUUGGAGGACUUAAAGGGCAGGACCAAAGCUAUCCUGGGCAAUCAAAAUACAGUCAUUCUGAUGGGAAUUAUAAUGAAAUGGAGAAGGGUGACUCAAAAACCAUAGAUGAUAAUGCUUCAAAAAGCAUGCUGCCUGGCCAUAUACCCAAAACAUUGACUCCAUUUGAUAGAACUGUUGGAAAUUAUGCCUUGAACAAUACUGCUUCGCCCAGUCAAAAUAUUCUUGAGCUUCUUCAUAAAGUGGAUCAGUCAAGGGAGCAUGGCAUUGCAACAAACACAAGCACUUCUAACCGCCCUUUAUCUUCCAGGGUGAUGGAUACUGAAUCUUCUGAUGGAUCUGUUGUACAUCCUCAACGAAAUCAAAGUUCCUUGUCUCAGGGCUUUGGUUUACAAUUGGCUCCUCCUACCCAAAGGCUUCCUCUGGCAUCCUCUCAUGCUACACCCCAUGUUGCAUCUGAGACAGGGGAUAAGGGUCAUACUUGGUUGGCUGCUACUCAGACUUUUCCUUCUCGAGAAUCAUCUCAUGAGCUUAGAAGUAACAUUUCCAGUUCCUCUGGACAACUAUUUGACAAAGCCUCACAGUACAGUGCACUGGGAAAUAUUCCUCAGACUUUCACAUCAGGCUUUCCUUUUUCAAGAAUCCAUACUCAGAAUCAGAAUGUGGCUAGUCUUGGUGGACAACUAGCAAAUACCCAAUGUGAUAGUGCAACUUUUGUUGACCGGACUGCUUCCACUAGUCAGGUAGAUGAAUAUUGUGAAAGAGCUCAAACUAGUCAAUCUGAAUUGCAAUCUGCUCCGGACAUGUCCCAGAUGGUGGAUGGUAUGAACCAAAUCCAUGCUGGUGAUCCUACCAUGAAAUUUUCGGCAUUGGAGGCUGGCACAGCUUCUCAUCCUUCUGUUACAGCAUCUCUACAGGGUGCCCCUUCAAAAAUUCUACACAAUGUAUGGACAAGUGUUUCUAACAAGCAAUAUCCUAAUGCUUUGAAGAUUUCACCCCAUCCUCAACAAAUUAAUAUUUGUGAAACUACAACAGGACCACAGAAGCCAAGUAUUGAAGAUUCAGAGAAAGAUGGUAACCUUUCUGGGCAGCAGGUAUUGCAAGUGAGUGUUGAUACUGUUGAAGAGAUUGCAAGUGCUUCACAUGUGAAAUAUACCCCUGAUGCAUCUCAAUCAAGCCCAGCUGCUACCUCUAAAGAUAUUGAAGAUUUUGGCCGGUUUUUAAGACCAAACAAUAUUUUGCAUCAGAAUUUCUCUAUGCUAAAUCAAGUCCAGUCCAUGAAAAAUAUGGAGAUUGAUCCUAGUAAUCGAGAUGUCAAGAGAUUCAAGGUUUCAGAUAAUGUGAUGGACAAACAACAGGUAGAUUCCAACCAUGGGCAACAGUCAUAUGGAUACAAUAACAUAGUCAAAGAUUUGUCAGGUAAUAGUUCUCCAGUGCCACCAUCAGAUCCGAACUUGCUAAGCUUUUCAACAAAGCCAGGUGAUGCCCAAGACACUAAUGCAUCUUCUCAGGAGAUGGUUGGAUAUGGUCAGAGGAAUGCUCUUAAUGUUGCUAAUAAUAACAAAUUAACUUCUGUUAAAAGUGAGCAUUCUAUGAUAAAUCCUCAGAUGGCUCCAUCAUGGUUUGAUAAGUAUGGAGCUUUUAAAAAUGGUAAGACGUUGCAAAUGCACGAUGUACGAACAAUGACUCCUCACAAAGUUAUGGAGCAGCCUUUAAUAAGGAAUCAAUCUGGUAGUUUGCAUAUUGCUAAUUCAGUGGAGCAAGUUAAUAGUCUCAGUGUUGCUGGUCAGCUUGGUAAUGGUGGGCAAAACCCAAUGCUCACUUCAGCUGGAAGUGAGCAUCUUCCUUCUCAGUUAUUGCUUCCUCCAGCUGUUGAACCUGAUCUGUCUAGUAUGCGACCAAAGAAGCGUAAAGAUUCCACAUCUGAACUCAUACCAUGGCAUAAAGAGAUGAGUCUGGGCUCUGAAAGGCUUCAAGAUAUCAGUGCGGCAGAAUUUGAGUGGGCCCAAGCUGCAAAUAGAUUGAUUGAGAAGGUUGAGGAUGAUGUUGAGCUAGUCGAAGAUUUGCCAAUGAUGAAGUCAAAAAGAAGACUUGUGUUAACAUCUCAGCUUAUGCAGCAGCUACUUAAUGCCCCUCCAGCUGCAGUUCUCUCUUCAGAUGCCAAGUCGCAUCAUGAAAGUGUGGUCUACUCUGUUGCUAGAUUAGUGUUGGGAGAUGCAUGCAGUUUGGUCUCAUGGUCUGGAAAUGACACACUGAUGUCCUCUGGCAGCAAAAAACUCCUGCCUGAUAAGCUCAAAUCAUCUGAGAAAAUUGAUCAGUGCAUUUUGAACGUGGAAAACUUUGUUGGUAGAGCGAGGAAACUGGAAAAUGACAUAUUGAGAUUGGAUAGUAGAGCCUCAAUUUUGGACUUGAGAGUGGAAUGUCAAGAUUUAGAAAGAUUUUCCGUCAUCAAUCGAUUUGCCAAGUUUCAUGGUCGGGGGCAAAAUGAUGGGGCAGAAACCUCAUCCUCUGAUGCAACUGCAAAUGCUCAGAAAUCAUGCCCCCAGAAAUAUGUUACUGCAGUUCCAAUGCCUAGAAACCUACCAGACAGGGUACAAUGUCUUUCACUUUGAUAAUUAAUUAAUUCAUUUUUCCAUCUUUCUUGGUCAGUUGUCUCCACAACAUCCUGUUUCUGGUCCUUCUCUUUCAACUUAUAUUAUUGCACUUCAUCGCCAUAGAACCAUACAACUGGCAAUGUAGGAGAAGAAUGAUACUAGAUUGCCUCCUCAACCAAUGGAGGCUAUUAGAUCUUUUCAAUCUAUAUAUGUAUGUAUGUCUAGAUCUGCGCAAUCUAGUUAUCUUUUACUAUUGGUUUUCAGGUUCCAAGCCAUUUGUAUAUAUUAAGAUAAGAUAUGCAGUUUACUUAGUUUUAACCAUACCAUUUGACUCGGAUUUAGCUGAUUAGUUAAGCAUAAGCUGUUCAAUGUUUUUUAAUAGAACAUAAGAUGUUAUUUAGUCAUUUCCUUUUUCUCAAUUUUAAGUCAUUUUCCUGUAUUUGUAUGUACCAAGAUAAUGUGUAGUCUACCUAGUUUUAACCAUACCAUACCAUUUGGCUCA